UGGACUUUACUGAGAACAGACCAACUCUCAGCGGCAUUAAUUCAGAAUGGAUGUGAAAGUGUUGGCUCUCGUGGCUGCGCUCACUGUGGUGACAUAUGCGCCUCCAGCUCAAGCGAAACCCAUCAGCCUGGUGGAGAGAUGCUUCUGCCGCUCGACAGUUAACAACCUUCCACGGAGCUACAUCCGAGAGCUCAGGUUCAUCCAUACGCCCAACUGCCCCUUCCAAGUCAUUGCCAGGCUGAAGUCAAACAAAGAGGUGUGUGUGAACCCAGAGAUCCGCUGGCUUCAGCAGUACCUGAGGAACGCUAUCAACAAGAUGAAGAAAAACAAGCAGGCUAAAUGAAAUAAAAAUCCUGCAGAGAUCCUCCUGAGUCAUCACUGAGGAUUUGGCCCAUCAUGAGAUCAUCUGGUAUGUUGUACAGCACUUAUCCCCGGCCGUCGGGCUGACGCGGCCAUUUGCAUGGAACCAAUCUACGACCCCUUCACCGUGACCACUGAUGCACCAGCCUCCGCCACCGUCUUUCACCAUCACCACGCUCACCACUUUAUAAAGGUCAUAGAUGUUAUUAGUGUGAAGUGCAAUUAUAUCUGUGAGUGUAUGUUUUUUUCACUUGUAUAUACUUUCUUGUUAAUGGACUUCAACAGUAAAGAGCUAUUUUUGAGAUUUCUAUCGUUCCUCUGGCCUUUCUGUCAUUUAGUGUAAAGGACCUAUACCUCAGGUCUGAGUUUAAAGGGGAGAGUUGUAGGUCAGGAGGAAGAUUUUCUCAUCAACAAAUAUGAGGCAAAAGUCUGACUUGCAAGUAGCAGAGAACUGUAGCCUUCUGAGCCGAGAGAAAACUGAUUUAUUUUAACUAAUCCUAACCCAAACAUUGGAUCCAGUCAUUCUGAUUGCCUCUGAUUUUAAAAUGUACAAAUUAUUCAACAAGAGUGUUUGGAUUCUCAUCUAAAAACUGAGGAACCCGGCUGCUGAGUUGUAUUUCAUGUUUCAACUUAACUGCAAGCAUGGAAUUUCAGCGGGGGCCAGCUACCCCCGGAAUGAUUAUAUACGGCGUAUACAAGAUCCUAGUAAAAAUGGCAAUUACAAUGUUUUUGUGAUGGAAAUUAGGAUGCCAAAAAGGGCCCGAGCAUUUCCUGAGCCAGUCUGUUGCUGUGAUUAUACGAUCCUGUCUUGCUUUAUUUCCAUUCUUAGAGAAACGCGUGAGCAUCUGGAACCCAAGUACGUUUAAUGUUGGAGCCAAUAAAUCAAAAAAAGCUGGAGUCCUUAAUCUGUGUCAGUCAACCAAUCACAGUCAGGGUCAAAAAAAGAUGAACUAGUUAUCUGCGCUCUGUUUGAAAUAACCUCGUAGUAUGAAUGUCCAUUUGAAAGAAGGGUUUACAGCAAUUUGAAAAACAGUUACAGAUUUAAUAGUUCAGGCUGUGUUAUUCUAAAGCAGAGAAAGUAGCACCAGUACUGAUAACAAACACAUGUACAAAGAUUUGACUACCUACAACUGUCAUGCAGAUAGCGACGCACUUUAUACCUGAUGUAUUAACAAAAAUUUACUCACUAAGUCUGAUCAUUAAAUUCUGUCUUCAGUCUUUAAUUUUUAUGUCUAUCUUGCUCUUUCCAAUUAUGUUCUUUUUUUUGAUCAAUGAAUGUGCAGCUGCAUUUAGGGAAAUAUAUUCAUCCAUUCAUCCAAAUCUCCUCCUUAUAUGUGAAAUGAAUAUGAUACAAAUGUUUUAUUUUUGUACUCUUUUUGCAUUUAUAUAUUCAGUGCAAAAAUUUUUAAUGAAGGAAUUGUACUGUCACCAUCGAGCCAUUAACAGUCGACGUUUUAUCGUAAAACUUGUACGCGCUUGGUCAGAAAAAAAAAAAUGAAAUUUUUAAAGUGUUAUAGCUACUCUUUUAAUAUAUGCUGUAUGUUAUGAGUAUUUUCAUAAAUAUAUAUAUGUAUACACGUUUA